UUUGAGAAAACCCAAACCACCGAUCUCCUUGCUUGCUCUAGUUCUUUUUUGUUCUAAAAUCUCGAAAGAAAUGGAGACGAAGCCGGAGAAGGAGAAGUCGCCUGCUUCUCUCAGAUGGGGAGUCCUUCGCCGCGCCUUGAUCUCUUCUUCCAAAUCCUCCUCCGAAUGUUCACACCAAAUAGGGGUGAAAAAGAUAACUCGGAAGACUGUUCGUGGUUUUAAUCUUGUCCCCUGUCGUCCAGUAUAUGACCAUUCAUCAGAGGACUUCUGCAGUUCGUUGAAGUCUCAAAAUUUAGCUGGUCCCAAAGAUGUAUGUGUCUGCUACGAGCUGCCUGUCAUAAAAGCUCCAAAACUUACCAUGGUUCAAAGGAGGGAGGACUGCGUUGAUCUGGAUGAUUUUGCGGCCUCUUCUAAGUAUAAUAUUGACACCACAGGACUAGUAUGUCCUUGGCCAUCAGAAGACGUUCUUGCUUACUUUUGUAUAAAGCAUUCAGAUAUUUUCAGGUCCAAAAGGGUUCUGGAACUUGGCUCUGGCUAUGGCUUGGCUGGAUUGGCAAUUGCAGCAAGCACCGAUGCUAAUGAAGUUAUGAUUUCUGACGGAAAUCCACAAGUUGUUGAUUAUAUUCAGCGUAACAUAAAUUUCAAUGUUGGCAUUUUUGGGAAUUCAAAAGUAAACUCAAUGCUAUUACAUUGGAACCAGAACCAAGCUACAGAUUUCCUGAAUUCUUUUGAUAUUAUUGUUGCAAGCGACUGUUGUGUGAAGCAAAUCAAAGGAAAUCCACCAGAGAUAUUUGAGAAUUUGGAGAUGUCAGUGAAAGCCUGUUUGGAAGUUAUGUGUCAGAUAUUGAUGUGCUUUGAACUGAAAUUCCAGACAAGUGUACUUCUCUAGUAUUAAGUAUUGAUUUUGGCUCAAUAUAAUGACAUUUUUGUUAAUCUACCACUUUUUGUUCAAAUUUAAGAUAAGAAGUGAAAGCAGGUUAAUCCUGCUGCGAAUAUCAGGUUGAUGUACAUUUAUCUGGAAUAAACUAAAGUAUUGAUGAAAUUUGCACAUAUGUAAGUAAAACAGUCCAGAUACAGUUUUCUGUUCAAUGUAUAUAAAUGAUUUCCUGUUCAUAAUUGUAAAUUUACCUAAUAAAUCAAUGUAAAGAAUGAACCGAAUGGGGUCAGGUUGCAAGUAUGUGUUUUCUCAUACUUCCCUCAAUGGGAGUUACUGGUUCACGUCACCACUGAUCCUUCAACCUGCACAUCUACCCACCCACUAACACCACCACGUACAGAUUUACAUGCGUCCGCACCCUCACGCACGCACGCGCACACAUCCAGCCACCCCAUAUACACGCAAAGAUAAGCAAGUAAUUGAAUAAAGUACAAGUUGAAAUCAUUUUCUUCCCAUAUACUAGCUUUCUGAAUAUUAUAACAAUUAUGAACAGCUUAAAUCUUCACGACAUGGUGCAUAAUGAAUUAAAAAAUUAAUUAAAUAUAACGUCUCAGUAACAUG